UUGGUGACGUUACCGUCAUUGACAAAGGUCACCGUAAAGGGUGACCGAUACGAAUAUUGUCGGCAAAAAAUUACUGUAAUUUAUUCCAAGGAUUACUUAUUAGCUGCAGUCGGUGACAGUGUUCCAGAGUGUGUGGACGCCAAAUUAUAAAUUUGUAAAAAUGGGAUCCCGUUUCCAAGUUGUCGAACAAGGUCCUCCAAUCGAGGUCUUUUUGUUAAAUAAACUUUUUACCGACGAUACGUAUCAAAAUAAAGUCAAUUUAGGUGUCGGCGCAUACAGAGAUGAAAAUGGCAAACCAUGGGUGCUGCCAGUUGUACGCAAAAUGGAAAAGAAAAUGUCAGAAGACCCAACCCUUCUUCAUGAGUACCUGCCAGUACUUGGUCUGGAGCAGUUCUCAAAUGCCUCUGUGUCGAUGUUGUUGGGCGAGGACAGCCCAGCCAUCGCCGCCGGACGCACAUUCGGAGUACAAGCGCUGUCAGGCACCGGAGGGCUGCGUAUCGGCGCCGAGCUGUUGAACAAGCACCUCAAAUACACCACUUUCUACUACUCCAAUCCCACGUGGGAGAACCACCACUUGGUGUUCGUGAACUCCGGUUUCACCCAACCGCGUACCUACCGCUACUGGAAUCCGAAGACGCGCGCGAUCGACUUCGACGGCUUCAUUGAAGACCUGAAGAACGCGCCGGAGAACUCUGUCAUUAUCCUGCACGCAUGCGCGCACAACCCCACUGGCAUCGACCCCUCCCAGGAGCAAUGGGAGAAGAUCGCCGACGUCAUGGAGGAGCGCAAGUUGUUCCCGUUCUUCGACAGCGCGUACCAGGGCUUCGCGUCGGGAGACCUGGACCGCGACGCGUGGGCCGUGCGCUACUUCGUGAAGCGCGGCUUCGAGCUCGUCUGCGCGCAGUCUUACGCCAAGAACUUUGGACUUUACAACGAGCGCGUGGGUAACUUGGCGGUGGUGAUGUCGGACGCGCGGCACGCGGCGGCGGUGCGCUCGCAGCUGACGUGGAUCGUGCGCGGCAUGUACUCCAACCCGCCCGCGCACGGCGCGCGCCUCGUCGCCGCCGUGCUCGCCGACAAACAGCUCUUCGACGAGUGGAGGGACCACAUCAAGCUCAUGUCCUCCCGAGUGAUGGGGAUGAGGGAAGCUCUAAGAUCGGAGCUUGUCAAACUGGGCACGCCCGGCAACUGGGACCACAUAGUGAAACAGAUCGGUCUGUUCUCGUACACGGGCCUCACGCCGCGCCAGACGGAGCACCUCAUCAAGGAGUACCACAUCUACCUGCUCAAGUCGGGCCGCAUCAACAUCUGCGGCCUCAACCCCGGCAACGUGGAGUACGUCGCGCGCGCCAUACACGACGCCGUCACCAAGUUCCCCGAGGAAGAGUAAAUAUCUUAUUAUUAUUGUCUGCGUUGAUGGUGUAAUGUCGGGUGUCGAUGGGAUUCAGGAUGGGAAAUUACAAAAUAAUAAUUCGAUGAAAGGCUAAUUGACUUAAGCGAUAUUAUUUUUUCGAUUUAACUAUGUAUUUAAAAAAAAAAUAAAAAAAAAAAACAGAAAAAAGAGCUGAUUUUAAAUAUGUAUGAAACUUAAGUGUCGCAAAAAAAUGUCGCCAUAACCGUCGAAUUAUUAAUGUUUUUCAUGAAACUUUGUAAGAAUUUUGCAAGCUUGAUUGCGAUCUUGGUAAUAAUUUCACCGAUAACCUGUGACCUUUACCUUAAAACUGCAGACAUUUUAAAAAUGUAUGUUUUUCACCAAGUAAUUAUUUUAUUAAUUAUAUGUGAAGUAUGUUUGGAACUUUACCAUAGGCUCGAAGAAAUUCGUUUUAAGCGUUGUUUCGAUUCGAUUACAUCGUAUUAUAAUCGAUUAUCACGUGUAUUGGUUAUGAAUAUGUUUAUCGAUAUAAUAAUUUAAUCGUAUAUAGUAUCAACGAAAGAUCGUGUUCUUGCGUCGUAUCCCAAAUAUUGAGGGUCGGGUCUCCUUCUGCAUCACUUUUUCUCAAACGAGUUUUCUCUACCUGUUUUUGUUUCCGGUGGUGAGGAGAGCGCUGUGAACUGUAGAGUCAAAAGUAGUGUGGACCUGAACAGACCAAUGUAUUGGUUUGCGUCCCUGAGACCUGCGUAUUGUAUUAGAUAUAUCUUCAAAUAAACAAAUUUUAUGAGGCUGCAAAUCUUAUUUCCUAGUUUAGGAAAUAAAAUAAAUUUAUCGAUAUUUUUGAGGCUAUUAUAUUCAAUACACGACUUAGAUAUUAGGAUCUAUUAAAUAAUGGUAAUUAAUCGAAAUGUCGCUUCUAACGAACAUCUACUGCACAAAUAUACUGUUUUUAUAAAACUAGAUAUCUAUCGAAUCAUGAACACAGCUAUACUAAUUUAGUUAUAGGCACCAAUUCUAUAUUCUUUUAUGACAAAACAGAUUACUAAAACAACUUCUUAUAAAAAAUAAACAGUGAAAUGGUUAAGAGGUAGAUGUUAGAAUUGGUGCCGCUGUAUUUUAAUGCCUUUAUAGUUAAUUUAGAUUUACUGAUGCCUUUAUUUUUACACAUAGAUUUACGCUCAAGUUCUCGGCCACAUAAUUUCUUAAAAAAAUAUAGCAUAAAUAUACCCUUAUGAAAAAAUAAUUCAUAUUUCAAAAAUGUGUAGAUAAUAUGUUAAGUUUCUUAAAUAGUUUAUAUACAACAUAAAUAAUGGACAGUCAAGAUAUUUCUAUCUACCCACUUACUUAUUAAUAGUUAACGUGGCCGAGGUUUUCAUGUACUCAUAAAGAAUAUAGUGAGAACUAAAAAUCUAAAAAGCAAUAUUAGAUUUAAAAAGAAAUAUAUACGUUCUUUAUUUAAAAAUCACAAUUUUUGUGGCUGUGAAUAAACAUGAAAUUGUAUUAUAAAUAAUUUUGGAAUUAUGAUGUCUUGAAUUAAUUUGAAUAGUCAUGCACUGCCUUUUUGUUUCUUAAAUGACCAUUAUUGGAUCAUAUAUUUUCAUACUGACCAGUUACAUGUGGCUUAUUCAUAGCAGUAUUAAAGCUUUUAGCCGACAUAACAUUCAAUAGUUAUUUAGUUAUUUUAAGAUAUGUUGCAAAUACAUUAUCUCAUUUGUUAAA